ACUUUUCAAUUACAUGGAAACAAAUUUUUUUCAUCUUUUUAAAUUAAACAUAGAAAAUAGAGACGGGGGUCUCACCAUGUUGCCCGGGUUGGUCUCAAACUUCUGAACUCAAGCAGUCCUUCCACACUCAAGCAGUCCUUCCACCUUGGCCUCCCAAAGUUCUGGGAUUAUAGGUGUGAGCCACUGUGCCUGGCCAAAAUAAGUAACUUUUAAUGGAUCUCCGUCAGAUGUCAGCAAGUACUGAUAGAUGGGUCUCAUUAUUAAUACGCUUCAUCCAGGACCUUAUCUGUCUUCAUAGCCAUUCUGUGAAGUGAGUGGGAGGAAACUGAGGAAUGGAGGAGGGCAGUGAGUCUCUGACCUGAUAGGUGAUGCGUGCUGUGGGGUUGGGGGGAAGAGGUGUCAAGCCCACCUCUUGAUUCCAGUCAGUAUUUUCUACUGAAUUACAGCCUUACAAAUGAAAAUAUUAUAGUGUGCCAUUUCUUAAAUGUCCUGCCAAAGCUAAAUAAUCUUUUAAAAGUGAAAAUGUAAAGGAAAUUUAUAAUGAGGGCCUGGGAAGAAUGGUCACCAUGGAAGUACCUAAGGGAAAAGGACAUGAACUUCUCUUCCUGCCACUGCUGGUGUGGAGCUCUGGGCAGGCGAUGUUCCUCCAGAGCUUGACCAGCAGAGGAGCCGCCGCUCCCUUCAACCGGCUGGGCUGUGGGGAACCCGGGCUCAGUUGGAACAGUGGGGCAGAGGCAAAGCUUCCUAUUGCAGCCCCCCACCGCCCCCCAGCCAUACACACUUUGCAUUGUGUGUGUUUGGGGGGAAAGUGCUAUUUUGAAAGCAUCCUGCCCAGACACAAGUAGUAUAUCACUAUACUUUCAGUUAAAACAAAUGUAAAAAUUUUGGAAAAAGCAGUGCACUGCAAGAACCAACGGGAUGGUUCAGUAAGGGAGCUUAUUUCUAGGUGGCAUCUCCUUUUGCUGUUACAAAUGGGCUCUUGUCCCUCCAUCUCCCCUGGCAUCUUAUCUGUUCUAACUGAUUUAUGCUGGAGCACAGGCUGAUUUUGGUACAUUUAAUUUAAAGGCAGUCACCUAAGAGGCAAGCAGGCAGUGCAUGAGGACAGCUGCAGAGCUCCGGGCUGAGUGGCGGAAGCAAAUCAGUCGGAAUUCUCAGAAACAGACUCAGUAAUGGAAGAACUUAGAACAAUCACAAGUGGUAUUCCUAUUUGGGAGAAAAAUAAUUGUUCAAUAAAUGUGUUGAAACAGCUAAUACUUUUGAAGGAAAACACACUAAAACUCUAUUGCAACAGCAUGUAGUCAUAUUGCGUAUUUCUCAUGGACUGAAGAAUUAACUAUUAAACGAACAUGAAAGACCCAGAGAGCAAACAUCAGUAUUUGAUCUUGAGAUGGAAGAGGCCUUUAGAAGGUGCAUAAGCCAGUGCCGAAAUGAUAGCUUUGACUGCAUGCAAAUUUAACUUAGAAGUUUACACAAAAUUAAAAAGCAAGGAACACACUCUGAAAAGCAUUUGUACCUUUUGGCAAAACACUUCUCUCUUUAAAUCUGAGAACACCUGCUAAGGCUAUUAGAGUUGUCGUCCCCAUUGGACAGAUGAAGAAGCAGGGCCUCCAGCAGUUUAUCCAGGGUCACCAAGUAUGAUGGUGGAGCUAAGCUUUGAACCCAGACAACCUGACUCCAGGGCUCUUAACUACCACAUGGCAUUGCCUCUAUCAAUAGGAAAAGGAGGAAUACUUUGUUAGAACAAAGAGCUGGCUACAUAGGCAAUUCACAGAGGAAGAAACACAAACGCCUAAUAUGUGAAACUUUGGUCCUCACUAGUAGUUAGAAGUGCAAAAUAAACCGAGAUGGGAUGGCUGGAAAAGGCUCCUUCACGGAUGACUGUUCCUUCUGCUUGGUGGGUGGAUUCGUUUCUUGUUGGACUGUGACCUGCACAUUUCGUGACUUUCUAAUGAAGUGGAUCCCCUCACCUUGGCAUUGAGUCUCUUGAGGGAUAAAGGGCAGUGAUUGACUGGGAGAAAUCCAGAGUCUGGAUAAUCAGACUCCAUUAUCCAUUAAGAGCAUCAUCACCCAUGUUGGCAUAUUAAAGGCUCUGAGAAGUCCCGCAGUUAAUUAAAAAAGAACUGAACCUGUUAUCCCAACUCAUGUUCAAGGAAUGUGCUUUGGGAAACAUUGUUUUCCUGGGAAGGAUCAUAACCUACACACUAAAUGGCCUGGAUUCUACACCCUUUUUUGACAGUGCCACUAAGUGUGAUAUUAGCCAAACCUUUUAUUUUCAUAAGUGUGGUAAAAUGGGGUAGAAGGAAACAUAGCUUUUUUGGAAUUAUUUAUCUAUUUGUGCAAAUAGAGAACUGCUUCAGGAAACUUCCUGCUGCUUCAAUAGGAGGGACAAAGGUAGAUGAAAAGGAAGCACUGUGUCCAUUAAGAAGGUGCCUUGGCAAAUCUUACUGGAAGUCGGGAGACCUGGGCUGUGGCUUUGAGUCUGCCACUAACUUGCUUUGGGAAUUGCAGGUCUUUGGGUCUCGGGCCCCCACUCUGCGAAGUGGAGGCCUGAUGGUCUCUCAGUCUCUCAGAACUGGAGGUCUGUUGCCUAGAACUAAAAGAACAUCACCAUGGAUACCCUUCUGUUGAUGUCACCACUUUCAGGCUCCCCUUUUGCUGGCAGAAGAGACCUCAGUUUCUCUCAGGCCUAUGAGCUGCCCCAUCUGGUAAAUAGGCGGAGAGAACAGAGCCGGCAGAGGCCUCCAGCAGAUACUCCAGCCCACAGUCUUUGUCCCUGGGUGGCUCACUAGAGCCAGAAGAGAAGGCUCACUAGGACUUGAAUCCUGGCCUGGUCAUCUUCCAGCUUUGAGACCUUGGACAAGGCACUUCAUCUCCCACAGUUUCCGAAAGCCGAAUUCAUGAGAGGGUUGUGAGGAUUUGGGGUGCGUGUAAACUGCAGAUGUGAGUGGAAGACAGGCACUUAAUUGAUGCCAGCUGGUGCCUUUACUGCCUUUGUUGGCUUCCUAGGGCCGAUUGGCUCACUCCUGGGUUCCGCCAGCCUAGAGGCUGUGCCCUGAUGCCCUGGGCAGCCUUUUGGGCUGAGUUUUCACAGGUGAACCAAGUCCCAGCCUUGGCUCCCACAGUGGGGCAUUUUAUAACCCAGUGCACGUUUGCAAGGACUUGGCUUAUUUAACUGAGGAAGGAGAUUAAGAGGCCCUCCAUUGAGGCCUUCUGGAUAGUCAGGAGAACUUGUCAAGGUGAGGAUCCCCGAAUGGGAAGCUGAAAACGCCAUGGCCCCCCACCCAAAGGUCCCCAGUCUAUGUGAGGAUCUCCUGUCUUCUGUUGACCAGCCACUGAAAAUUGCCAGAGACAAGGUGGUGGGAAAGGAUUACCUUUUGUGUGACUACAACAGAGAUGGGGACUCCUAUAGGUCACCAUGGAGUAACAAGUAUGACCCUCCCUUGGAGGAUGGGGCCAUGCCGUCGGCUCGGCUGAGAAAGCUGGAGGUGGAAGCCAACAAUGCCUUUGACCAGUAUCGAGACCUGUAUUUUGAAGGCGGCGUCUCAUCUGUCUACCUCUGGGAUCUGGAUCAUGGCUUUGCUGGAGUGAUCCUCAUAAAGAAGGCUGGAGAUGGAUCAAAGAAGAUCAAAGGCUGCUGGGAUUCCAUCCACGUGGUAGAAGUGCAGGAGAAAUCCAGUGGUCGCACCGCCCAUUACAAGUUGACCUCCACAGUGAUGCUGUGGCUGCAGACCAACAAAUCUGGCUCUGGCACCAUGAACCUCGGAGGCAGCCUUACCAGACAGAUGGAGAAGGAUGAAACUGUGAGUGACUGCUCCCCACACAUAGCCAACAUCGGGCGCCUGGUAGAGGACAUGGAAAAUAAAAUCAGAAGUACGCUGAACGAGAUCUACUUUGGAAAAACAAAGGAUAUCGUCAAUGGGCUGAGGUCUGUGCAGACUUUUGCAGACAAAUCAAAACAAGAAGCUCUGAAGAAUGACCUGGUGGAGGCUUUGAAGAGAAAGCAGCAAUGCUAAACCUCUGCUUCAUGCUAACCAGACACGCCGUGCACUCGUUAGAUUCCUUUCUUAGAAAACUCGUUUUCUGCUCCCUUCCCUCGUCCCUUCUCUCCCCGACAGGUCACAUAACAGCUGCAUCAUUGACCGCACAGCGCCAUCUCUCCCUGAGAAUAAAGCCGAUAGCCACCCUCCUCCGGCUCCGAGCCUGCUUCCGCCACACCUUGCUCUCAGUUCUCUCCACAUUUCCAUAGAGACCGUGUGGUUUUUGUUCACCCGGGCCCCCCGUCUUCCUCGCUGUCCCCCCAUUUAUAGGCAUAAAAUCCACUGUCUGCCAGCCUCCCUUCCCUCCCACCUUUUUGUUACAUUGGUGUAAAAAAUGUAAAACAAAAAAAUUUUAUGAACUAACUGUGGUGUGUGAAAGAGAGAAGAAAAACUGGAAAUCUUAUUCCGUGUGUGUUUGGGAGUUGCUUGGGGUUGGGGGUCGUGGGGACAGGGGACAGCUCUGGGAGCAGAGGUGGCCCUCGGUGCCAUCCUGCGCAGACUCGCCCGUCCCACGGAGGCCGCGGGGUGGGGGCUGGGGAGGGGCCGCCGACCGUUCCGCUCUUCCGGCCAGGUGCUUUUCUGUCAAUUUCUAUGGAAUGCAAAAGGAGGUUUUUGUUUUAUUCUGUUUUUUUGUAAAGCUUAAGAAAAAAAUCUACAUCUUAUACUUGAGCCUCCAUACUUAAAAAAAGAAAAGAAAAGAAAAAAAAAAUCAAUAAAAAGAAACUGGGACGCA